AUGAAGUGCGGUCUCUCCUGCAUAUUUAUGGUUGUCUUCCUCACUGUCCAUGUGAUGGCCAGGCUGGCCACUGGUUCCAAAGGAGAUUCCUCCUGGAUAUUUCAGCGAUGCCUUAGUGGCUGUCUGCUCAAGAAUUGCACAAACAUAAAGUUGUUCAGCACCCGACAGCCAGUUAGCUUACGUGUAAUGGGCUGGCGAUGUGAAGAUGAGUGCAAAUACACAUGCAUGUGGUCAACUGUGGAUGCCUUUCAGAGGGAGAACCAGCGUGUUCCUCAAUUUUAUGGCAAGUGGCCAUUUGCCCGUUUCUAUGGCAUUCAGGAACCAGCUUCUGCCAUCUUUUCCCUUUUUAAUGGUCUUACCCACAUGAUGAUCUUCAAAUUCCGAGCCAAGGUGUCGUCUGCUGCUCCCAUGUAUUAUGCAUGGCAUGCCAUGGCAAUUAUCUCUGCUCAUGCCUGGCUCUGGUCUCUGGCUUUUCACAGUAGGGAUACAGCCUUCACAGAGAUGAUGGAUUACUUUUGUGCUUUCUUUUUAAUCGUUUUUAACUUGUUCCUCUGUUUAUGCCGUGUCAUUGGAACUGAACACUACAUCUUUUUGUCAGCGAUAUUCAUCGGCCUUGUCUCAUUCUGUAGCAGUCAUUUUUAUUACAUGGCCUACAUCAAGUUUGAUUAUAGCUACAACAUGUUUAUUUGUUCUUGUAUUGGUUUUACCCAGUCCAUGCUGUGGGGAGUUUGGUGUUUCUUACACAAACGAGAACAGCCAUAUGUGUGGAAGUGUUUAGUUGUGUUAUGUCUGACCAAUAUGCUCUUAACAUUAGAACUGGGUGAUUUCCCUCCAAUUUUAUGGAUGUUUGACGCUCAUGCACUGUGGCAUCUUGGAACAAUUCCUCUGGCAAUAUUAUGGUACAGUUUCCUCAUUGAUGACUGCUUACACAUGCUAAAGAAGAAACGUAUUGUAUGA